CGAAUGCUAAUCCAUUAGCAUUACUGUCUGACUCUAACCGUACGGAUGGGUAGCUAAUGUUUUGUAGUUUUGCCAGGCUGUUUUCCAUUUACCACCCUGAUAAUUAUCGUAAAAGCUGUUCGUUCGAGAGGAUUCAACGUAUAAAAUAUGGAGACGGCUGUGAUGAACCUCCUCGGGGUUUUCGAAAAUCUUCGAGCCCAUGUUGACAUCCUCAAUGAAAGCGUUGAGCCCCAGUUCAUUCAGAUGGCACUGAAUUUUGAGGACUGUCGUCGUAAAUGGUUGAGAGUAGAGCACGAGCUGGCCUCAUGUAAAGAGGUACUUGCCAAAGCAGAGACGGAGAGAGGGGCUCUGGAGGUCAAGCUCAAACAUGCUCGCAACCAAGUGGACGUGGAAAUCCGCAGGCGACAAAAAGCUGAAGCUGACUGUGAAAAACUGGAUCGUCAGAUCCAGCUGAUCAGAGAUCUGCUGGUCACAGAGGGUUCUAGCAGCAGCAUUCAGCUGAAUGAUGAGCAGCGUUCAGCCCUGGCCUUUCUCAAUGCACGCUCUCAGGCACCUGCCAAUCUCAACAGCAGCCGAAGGUUGACAACCAUUGAUGAAUCAGCCUCAAUCUUGUCAGACAUCAGUUAUGAUAAAACCGAUGAUUCAUUGGACUGGGACUCUUCUGUUGUCAGGACUGUUCGAUUGAAAAAACGUCAGAAGAGACGCUCCUCCAGAAACCAUACUGAUGGACCACCAGCUGCUGCCAAGAGAUCCCGGUCUACUGGCCGCACCUCAGAGAAGGGCAAUGAGUCUCUGGUGGCCAAGACCACAGUAACUGUCCCUAAAAACGGAGGUGCCAUAGAAGCGGUGACCACUGUUGAGGCUGUGCCUUACUGGACCAGGAGUAGGAGAAAGACUGCUGCUAUGGAGUGGAACACUGCAGAUACUGACUCUAUCCAGUCUGUGGAUGUGUUCAAGCGACCCAAUCAUGUGGAGAGGGAGAGCAAGGCAGAGCCAAAUACACCCCAAAGCAAUGGAAGUGUCCGCCUGCAUGAGUUUGUCUCCAAAACGGUGAUAAAACCAGAGUCCUGUGUUCCCUGUGGGAAGAGGAUAAAGUUUGGGAAGAUCUCUCUGAAGUGCAGGGACUGUCGUGUAGUAGCCCACCCUGAGUGUCGUGAGCGCUGUCCACUGCCCUGCAUCCCCAACAUGGCUGGGACUCCAGUCAAGAUUGGCGAGGGCACUCUGGCAGACUAUGUCUCAGUUACAUCGCCCAUGAUCCCACCAUUGGUGGUGCACUGUGUGAAUGAGAUUGAGCAGAGAGGCCUACAUGAGAUUGGGCUAUACCGCCUUUCUGGUGCUGAUAGAGUGGUGAAGGAGCUGAAGGAGAAGUUCCUGCGUGGAAAGACUGUCCCUCUGCUCAGUAAGGUGGAGGAUAUUCAUGCCAUAACUGGUCUCCUCAAGGACUUCCUGAGAAACCUCAAAGAGCCACUGCUAACUUUCAGGCUUAACCGCAACUUUAUGGAAGCAGCAGAGGUGGCUGAUGAAGACAACUCCAUUGCACUGAUGUACCAGAGUAUAAGUGACCUGCCCCAGCCCAACAGAGACACACUGGCAUUCUUGAUCAUCCACCUACAGAGAGUUGCCCGAAGCCCAGACACCAAGAUGGAUGAAAUUAACUUGUCUCGUGUGUUUGGUCCCACUAUUGUGGGCCAUGCCGUUCCUGAUCCAGACCCAAUGACUAUCCUGCAGGACACCAAACGCCAGCCUAAGGUUGUGGAGCGCCUGCUGGGCCUGCCUAUUGAGUACUGGAGCCGGUUCAUGAUGGUGGAGCAGGAUCAAGCUCACAAUGAUCACGUUAUCAUUGAAAAUACCAAUGUAUAUGCCACUCCUGAUCACAAAGUAAGCAUCUUUGGCCCCCUCACCACCCCAGAACAGCAAAUGAGCAAAACUCCAUCCUCCAGCUCUCUUUCUCAGCGUAUGAGAAACGCUACACUCAACGCAAUCACUCCCAAGUUUGGCAGCAAGAGCAAAUCUACUGUGGGCUUCAGUCGCCAAGGCAACUUCUUUGCCUCCCCUCUCCUGAAGUAACCAGACACAGCCUGAGGAUGCCUGUUGAUGCCCCUGGCUUAUUUUUGGGAAAUGGCUGCUGCGUGUGUGUGUAUAUAAGCAAUGCUCUGCACAGUUAAUUUAUGGCUACAAGUAUGUUUUUACAAAAGAUUUAAUCCUCAUUUUCUUUUUCUACUCAUGUUGUGUAUUUUAGCUGUUUUUAGGUGUUUGUACUACACUUGCCACACACUUUUGACACACUUGCAAACCAAAGGGGUGGUCAAAUAUAUGCACUUCCAUUAUUUUUUAGAACAUUUACUCUAAAGCUCAGAGGCUUAUCAGUUUGGAUGGGAGUUCUUUAUAAAGAAGCCCAACACUGGUAGUAAACUCUGGUGUUAAAAUGUUUAUGCUCAUAUUUCUAAAUAACAAAGUUUGCCAGAGUAUCAGUGUGUUAGUGUUUUAUUUUUUUGCUGAAAAAAAAAAAACGAGCUAAAUCUCUUAUUCAAAAAGAUUUGAUAAAUGUUUAAGAAUGCCACCAGGUCUUUAUCUUGUACAUCAGCUA